UUACAUUUCAUCUAAGAAAUAAGUAAAAUUUGUCUAAACUGAAAAUGUCAACUGUCCAAGAAAAAUUGUAAAUCAUCUAAAAUUAUAAAGUACUGUUAGAAUGCACCACACUAGACAUUUCACUUGCAAACUUUUUUUUUCUUCACCUAUCUUGUCUUUUGUACGUUAUAUAUACCAACGGCCAAGAUGUCGGUCCGUUCCUUAUUAUCCUUCGCAUUUGCAUUAAGCUGCCUUGUCAGCUUUGCAUUUGCCAAUUACCCUGUUCAGUUUGAAAAUAGCAAAGUUAUACGUGUUCUUGAUGUUAACAAUGCCAUUGUCCGAGAGGACACGGGUAUUCGAGCCAAAAAUAUUGACGAUAAACCUGCUACAGAAUACUACAUCUACAACCCUACCAAUGUUGAGACGCAUACUGCUUCCAUUUCGGCGUACAUGAAGAAAACAAAGACAGAGCUUGAAGUUAUCAAGUUGGAAUAUAUUCGCGAAGCUGAAUUACACAUAUAUAAAGUCGUGUUAAAUGAACCUGUUCAACCAGGUGACGAUAUUCUUUUAGGCAUCAAAUCUGUCUAUACCCAUCUUAUCAAUCCAGUACCUGCUACCUUACCUCAAAUUGCUCGUCAGCACACACUGUAUGGAUUCAACUCUUACUUUUUCUCGCCCUACCAUACAAAAGAGCAAAAGACAACUCUAUACAAGAACGUUAUCCAUCAUUCGGGGGCUCAAGAUAAGACGAGCGCAAAAGACAAUGGCAAAAUUGUAUAUGGCCCUUACAUCGACACUCAACCUUUCUCUUUCGAAUAUGCUACAUGCCAUUUUGAGAAUAGCCACCCUUUCAUUACUGUUACUUCCCUCAGACGUGACAUUGAAGUUUCUCACUGGGGUAACAUUUUGGCUGUCGAGGAGCAUUAUGCAAUUCGUAAUGACGGUGCAGGACUCGACUCUAACUUCAACCGUGGGCAAUAUAUGUUGACGGGCCAUAUCCAUGAGCAUACCAACGUUUUGAAAGAGCUUGAGUUCGACUUACCUGUGUCUGCUCAUGAUACUUAUUAUCGUGACGAAGUUGGUAAUGUGUCAACUUCUCAUUUUAGAGUUGAAAAGAAAAAGGCUAUUUUGGAAUUGAAACCUCGUUAUCCUCUUUUUGGAGGCUGGAAUUAUACUUGGCAUCAUGGAUAUAAUGCUGCUCUCGGCUCUUAUUUGCAUAAAUCUGACUCUGGAAAAUACAUUUUGAAUGUCGAUUUUGUCGAAAGUGUUAAGGACAAGUCAAUUGAUAAGGCUAUCGUUCGUGUCAUUUUUCCUGAAGGAGCAAAAAAUGUCAAAGUGAAUACACCCUUUGAUAUUGAUUCCCAAGCUAUCACUUCGUAUUCAACCUACUUUGAUUCAACUGGUCGUAUAAUGGUAGUCUUAGAGAAGAACAAUCUUGUCAAGGAGCAUGAAUUACCCAUUCAGAUUGAAUAUGACUAUUCAGUAGUCAACCUCUUACAAAAGCCAUUUGUGGCUUCAAUUGGAUUCUUUGUGUUAUUUUCUAUCAGUAUCGUUUUGAAUAGAAUGUCUUUUGUUAUUAACAGUCAAAAAGAAAAAGCAAACCUCAAGAAAGAAUGAUAAGGAAACGCAUUAUGUUAAUAAUUUAUCUCUUGAAAAAUGGACGAUAUUAAUAAAAU